UGGUAACAGAAAGCCCGCCCAGCGCCAGCUACCGCUCAGCCUUCUGCGCUCUACAGCUCCCACUUCUCUCUCCCUGCACACAGUCUGGGGAGCGAAAAUACAACCGUGAUGGACUGGAUGAUCACUCUUGCAGUGUGCUUCUCAGGCUUGCAGGCGUCCCAAGCCUUUAACGUGGAAUCCCCAGCCUGGCGAACGUUGACUACAAAUUCUGGCGAUCCUUCUGGAUGGUUUGGAUACAAGGUCGUCCAGAUAGGAUCUGGCUUACUGGUGAGCGAGCCACUGUUGCAGACAUCCCCAACGCAAAGAGGCAGAAUCUACAAAUGCACUAAUAAGAAUUGUCAACCCAUCCCUCUCUCAGUUCCAGUGUUCGCCGUCAAUAUGUCUCUUGGUUUGACGUUGACGAAGGACCCAGCCUCUGAAAAUACUUUGGCAUGCGGUCCAACCCUUACAAGAGAAUGCAAGACUAUCAACACAUACAACGGAUUAUGCUUGAAGAUUAACUCUCAAAAUAGAGCUGCAUUGCAAAGACCAUCAAUUCUAAAGGAUUGUCCUGGCCUUUCGGACAUCGCCUUUCUGCUCGACGGCUCUGGCAGCGUAGAUGUUCGGGACUUCAACGCCAUGAAGGUCUUUGUCAAGCGUUUGGUCAGCUCCUUACGCGCUGGAGGCACACGGUUCGCCAUCACCGAGUACUCAGGAACUCCUAUAACUUAUUAUCAUUUUGAUAAUUUUGACCUCUCCAAGUCUUUGGAAAGUAAAAUCCUGUCAAUAACACAACAAGGUGGAGGAACGAACACGGCACGAGCCAUCGAGCAUGUUGUUACACAAGUCUUCUCACCAACCAGAGGGUCUAGGAGAAGCUCAAAGAAGGUUUUGAUCGUGAUUACCGAUGGCGCGUCACAGGACUUCUCAAAUUUAGAUCGCGCAGUCAAUGGCGCGGAGGCAAAGGGCAUCGUUCGAUUUACAAUCGGGGUGGGGAGAGCCUUCGACCAGUAUCGUGCAAAAGCAGAGUUGGAGAAGAUCGCGUCUAGACCACCCAAAACACACGUGUUCCGCGUUAGCAACUUUGACGCCCUGGACAAAAUCAGGGACACACUGGAGGAAAGCAUCUUCUCUAUUGAAGGAACUCAGACAGGUGACUCUUUGAUAAUGGAGAUGGCCCAGGAAGGGUACAGCGCAGCCUUCGUCCCGGGGGGUGGGUUUCAGAUGGCAUCUGUCGGAGCGUAUGAUUGGAGUGGGGGCUUUCAGGGCUACUCAUCUGAUGGUCAGCUUACAUUUCCACAGGACGAACAGUUUGUGGAGAAAGACAGCUAUCUAGGCUACUCCAUGGCUGUUGCUCAUACCAGAAGUGGACCUCUAACCAUUGUAGGGGCGCCGAGAUACCUUCACAGAGGAGUAGUGUUUGUCUAUCCUAAAUCUUUGGACAUCUCUAAAGGCCAGAAGGUUGACCCCUCUCCAUGGCAGGUCUGUCAGCAGGAAAUCUCUGUCCAAACAAAGUCUCAGAUUGGUGAGUAUUUUGGGGCGGAGAUAGUGACCAUGGCAGUGAAUCCCACCCGUCAGAUGUUCACCAAAGUGGUCCUCAUCGCCGCCCCUCUGCACAUGGAGGAGGACUGGGAGGGCCGGGUGUACGUCUGCCCCCUCACCGCCUCUAGAGUGGACUGCCAGUUUGAGGAGCCGGUCGUCCUGCGAGGACAAGCGGGGGAGAGAGGGAGGUUCGGAUCCUCCAUGGCUCCCCUCCCUGACCUCAACCAGGACGGGGUCUAUGACCUGGCCGUCGGGGCCCCGCUGGAGAACCAGGGCCAAGGCAGCGUGUACAUCUUCCACGGCGACAUGAGAGGCACCAUAAACCCCAGGAUCUCGCAGAGGGUUGCAGGCUCAGACAUCCAGCCGGGACUGCAGUUCUUCGGCCUGUCCAUCAGCCAGUCCUCCUCUGACCUCAGUGGGGACGGACUCCCUGAUUUAGCCGUAGGGUCAAAGGGCAAAGUGUUCCUACUCAGGUCCAAACCCAUUGUGAUGGUGGAAGCUCAAGUGACCUUCACUCCGGCCCAGAUACCACCCAGCCCCUCUGACUGCCUCACCCCGGUGAACGUCUCCGCUGAAGUCUGCUUCACAAUGAGCGGCCCACUUUCGGUCCUACAGACAGUACAAGCCGGGAUCAAUUUCACUCUGUCACUGGACGGCACCCGAAAGCGAGCCUACUUUUUCCCGAAUGUGCGCGCGCUGGGCGAGUCUUUCACUCUCAACCAGCAACGAAGCUGUUACACCUACCGAGUGGUCAUUGAGCCCUGUCCCGAUGACUCUCUGAACGACUUGUACAAUGAGCUGACCUUCUCGUUCGUCGGCCUCCCCUCAAAGGACAACCUCAGGCCCAGUCUGUCCCAGCUAGCCCUCACCACCAGCUACCAUCCACUGAGCUUCAAGAUCAACUGCGAAAAUGCGUGUGUGGAUGAACUCAAAGUCGGUUUCAACUUCAGUGGCUCCUCUGCCGUUCGGGUCGGCAUCGAUGACUUACUGAACGUGACGACGUCCCUCACCAACCUGGGAGAAGACUCGUACAACAGCCAGGUGGUUCUGACCUACCCCGCAGGACUGUCCUUCAGGAAGUUCAGCACCCUGCAGGGGCGGGUGGAGUGCAGCUCGGUGGACAGUGAGAAUGGCCUGACUCCCGGACGGAGCAGCUGCUGGGUCUACAGACCCAUCCUCAAGACCAACGCUAAGGCUGUGUUCACCGUGUCCUACGGCAUCGACUCCAACAGUCGGCUGAGCCACAAGAUUCGGAUCACAGCCAAGGCCAACAGUGGAAACCUGGAUCACUCACAGCAGAGUGUACUGAACCAGAUGGAGGAGAUCGACGUGAAGUACAGCAUAUUCCUUUCCAUCGCCAGCUCACUCAGUUACACCAACUUCACCUUCGGAAGAAAGGAUUUACACAAACCAGUGGUGAAUCCAGUAACGGUGUUAAACUUUGCGAGGGCUUUUAAUGUGACGGUGCUGAUCAAGGUUCCUGUGCGGCUCGGAGGCAAACACAUCUGGCAGGAGAGGGAAGACCUCCAGGUUCCAGAGUGCCGGCGAGACGGCGUGGAGCCGGCGGCCCGUCCAGACUUUCUGGCGGAGGUUCAGCAGAGCCUCACAGUGGACUGCUCGGUGGCGAGCUGUCUGGUGUUCAGGUGCAACAUGUUCAUGGGUCGGGCGCAGAGCAGCACCUUCACCAUCAACGGCAACCUCAGCUCUGGGUGGAUCGCACAGAUCGGUAUUCAGUCGGCUAAGUUCCUCCUCAUAAGCACAGCCACCCUGGAAUACGAUGAGGACACAUACAUUUUCUUUUCCACCGAGUCUAAACACACCCCUCCCAUCCGAAAGAUCGUCACUGAGGUGGAGGUGUACCCGGUAGCAAAUUUCACUAAAGAGAUCGUUGGAGGCACCUUCGGAGGACUGCUCCUGCUGGCCAUCAUUACGGCCGCUCUAUAUAAGGCUGGCUUCUUCAAGAGUCAAUACAAACAGAUGAUUGAAGAAGCUGGCGCUUCUGGGGAAGGUGGAGAUGGUGGCGGAGAUGGUGGCGGAGAUGGUGGCGAAGCACCGUGAACCAGGCAGACCACCCUUCCAUGCUAAGAUGCUCAUUUGAAUGCUUCAGUCCCAUGAUUCCCUCCCCACAUCCCAUAUUAUUAAUGAUUUUGUUUAUUGUACACAUAUAAAACCUAAUGAUUACACCUUUAGGAUAAAACUCUUUUUGAAAACCAUUGUAAUUAUGAACUAUUUCUUUUUACAUGUAGAACUACCAUUCGUUCCUUUUGGCCAGACAGGUCAACAAAUAAUUGGCCAAAUGUAAAUACACUAUAACAAAAAAUAAAUCAUCCCCCGCAUUUAAUACAUUUGUUGUGUUAAUAAAUGGAAUAAAAAUAUAUAUUUUA